AUGUUCAUAUGUUCACUAGCGUUGCCAGACCACCUCCAUUCUGGAGAACAGUCCUCCAGUGGCACAGUUCUCCAGAGGGGUUGUGGAGGUGAAGUGGAGGCACGAGUGAAACGAUGCUAUGUUUGCCGCUCCAGAGGACCGCUCGGCGACUGUAGAGAUGCGUUUGAAUUGAACACAACAACUGUGGAAGAAUCAGCUGUGGAGGCACAGCCAUGUGCCAGUGGCUGGUGCGGCAAAUCAAUUGAAGGGGAAGAUGAAGGACAGCACCUGAUGGCCACCGAAAGGAUGUGUUUGCAAAGACCUCCGAGCGAUCAGAAGGAGAGAUGCGCUCAAACUUUUUAUGGGAAUAAGAAGAAGACAUUUUUUAUGUGCUUCUGUAGAGGAGAUCUUUGUAAUGCUGGACAACCACUACAUCCAACAUACCUGUCCGUCCACGUAGUCAUCUUCAGUCUCAUAUAUUUGCCAACAUUUUACUCAUAAGUCUUAUAGACUUGAAAAUGAG